AUGAAAAAGAGACAAAGGGCGAGGAGAGCGACGAGGAGUUCAAUAAAUCGCUUCACGAGGCGGCGCAAUCUGCUCUUGAGUUUCCUUACACCGAGCUCUGCGACAGCUACAGAAAACUUCAGCAAGGAGAGAAAGAUUGGAGUCGGCGGCUUCGGAAGUAUGUAUAGAGGCACUUUUCCUGGCACAAACAAAGCUGUGGCAAUAAAGAAAAUAUCUCCGACUUCCAAGCAGGGGAAACGUGUGUACAUAUCAGAAAUCAGCAUAAACAGUAAGCUCACUCACCAUAAUCUCGUGAAGUUUCUGGGAUGGCCCCAUCGAGAGGGUGACUUGCUUCUGGUUUACGAGUUACUCCCAAACGGAAGUCUGGACAAGUAUAUUUAUGAAAAACCAGAAGCUCCACUGGAUUGGGAUCGAAGAUACAGCAUAGCCUGCGAUAUAGCAUCCGCUCUGCAUCCAUACAUACAUACAUAA